UUAGCUGCUUUUCAAGAAUCUGCAUGGUGUCCGACGCUAUCGAAAUACAAGCCCUAACGUCGCAUUAACCUAGCCACACCCCGCGUGACGCUCUUGGGCUUAACUCCACCCUUUCACUAAUUAGAAACUGCAACAGGAGAUGCGUAGUGUUUGGACGACCAAGCGGGUGUAGAAUUAGUAGAUGCCGCGCGUAAUUUCAUUACACCGACGUUGUUUGAGAUGUGAAAGUCGUUGGCAAUACGUAGAGACGACCACACUAUCUGUAGUGGUAGUAGACGGCAUUUACCGUAACAAGCCGUUGAUAAAUAUUACUGUACUGUUUAUUAUGUUGUUUGUAUGGAAAACGAAACCCCUGCUACACUGUAGGUCUUGAAUUAUGCCCCACUUUGCUGAAUGAAAUGCAAGUAAACAAAGCGAUGUCUGCACAGCAAUGUAGACAAAGGAAGCCAAAGUUGACUUCUCUGUUUACGUGUGUUGAAGACCGGACUGAAGACUGAAUUGCAUCUGAAUCCGCAUGACAGUGAGUCAAACGAUUUCCAUAUCCAAAUGUAUAGUUUGCGCUUAAUUAAUUUCGGGGAGUUGCAGAGAAAUAGAAUGCAAAUAUGCGAAUACACGUGUUGAUAGAUAUCUCAGGGAAAUGUUCUUUGGAAUUGUGAAACUCACCCCUCGCUUUAAGUUUCCACAGCUUUUGUUUGUACUAGGAAAGUCUUAAAUUUCCUUACCUUGGGCGUUUCUUCUUUUGGCUGCUGAAUAAACAACUCGACUAGUGUUUUGUGACGAGGAGACAUAUCUGGUUAUCUCGUCUGUUCUUGCGGCUUGGCAAUUGGACAAUAGCAGGCGACAGGGAGUGGAAAGCGAAUCUUUUCAUUACGAGAUGACUUAGUAGAUUAGUCUCCCGCAUUAGAUUAUGCACAUUAGGAGAUGCUAAUUGCGUAGUAGCGUUAGCGCUGCAAUGUAAAUAUUUUAGAUCUGUUGUCUGCACCGCCCACUCAAAAGACUAUACCUUUCUGCCGCUUGGUUGUCCACGCUAGUCUAGCGUCUGUUGACUCACCGAUCAGAUCUCAUGGCAACUCGUCUCGGUCGUCAAAAGUGUUACUUAUGUGAUCUACCUCACAGCCCUUGGGCUGUUCUUACAGACUUUUCCGAAGUGGUUUGUCGGGGCUGUUGUAACUACGAGGGAGCAGACAGAGUGGAAGAGGUGAUUCAAGCUGCUAGGACGAUGCGUCGAGCUCAUGCUCACGAAACCUUCAAGAUGACAGCUAACGGAACAACUAGUGACACAGCCAGUGAUGCCAGUAUGCAAGUGCCAGUGACUCGGUCAUCAAUACCAGUAGACUAUAGACAUGAAACUGUAGUUCUACCCAAUAGUGCUCACGCAGUCAUGGACAGGGGUCAUCCAAAUCUGUACAGCAAACGCAUGGCGGCAUCUUCUCACAAUCAGGAAGGAACUCUUGAUGGACUGCCAUCACCAUCUGCUGCUGCUGCAGGCUCCCAUGUAUAUAACUGUUCUCUAGUUCGAUCUCCACACUCACUUGUGCGGGACACGUUGGCUAUUCUUAACAAAUGCGUACCAUUUAACGUUCGAUUCACCAAAGAUCGAUAUCUGUUGGGUCGAAUAUUUGCAUUUGAUGCCAUUGUACGAGGCAAUGGCGAGUAUGAAAUAAAGGCAUACGUUGAGUAUCCACCAGGAUCUAACAACGUUUAUCAAAGUGCUUCUGGAGCUAGCAAACAAAUGUAUACAGAAUACCGUGAGAGAAUGGGCGUAUCUAGUCCAAGACAGGGAGCUGCCUCCAAUGGAUAUAAAGACUUAGAAUUUGAAAGAGUGCCAGGUGACUGGCGCUUGCUGGGAACUCUGCUGACGGAGGCUGCAAGAUACUUCCGUGCACCUAUAAACCCUGAACUUUUACCGGUACCCUAUCUUGAUCCCGCUUGUCCUUCCAUUCCAAGUCCCUUUGGAAGAGGCAGCAGUGUUGGAAUUGGACGUAAAAGGAGUGAAGACAUGGCAGUAGGAGAAGCACCUGAAAGCAAGAUGGCUAGAGCAAAUGAGGGGCGAUCUAGUGCUGGUUCUGGUCAAGAUAUAUCAUCAAGCCAGGGAGUAAAUAUUGGUCACAGAUCUCCAAGUGCAACUGACAUUGCUAAGAACACACCCAGUUCUAAUCUUAGUCGGGAACAAUCUCCAAAUUCAGUCAGAGAGAUAGGUAACCAGACUUCAUCAUCUCCAACAAAUAUUCCUAAUCUCGUACCAGCUUGCUAUUCUUCAAGGAUGCCGGUUCAUCAUUCCAACAAAGCCUUUUCUCCAUCAGCUUCUACGCCAGCUGCACCACUGCAGUGUCUUCUGUGUCUAUGUCCUCUGCAGGACACUCGAUUUGUACAGUGUCCAUCCGUUAGUCAACAUAAAUUUUGCUUUGCUUGCUCCCGGGAGGCAAUAAUCAACGCUCAACGUGAUGGUACUGAUGUGUUCUGUCCUAGCGGUCACAGGUGCCCAGUAGUGGGCAGUACUAUGCCCUGGGCAUUCAUGCAAGCUGAGAUUGAAACCAUUGUGACAACUGGUAUAGGAAAUUUGAAGAAAGAAACGUGAUGCCGCUCUCUAACUGGAUUUUUUAGUUAGAGCCUUUGAUUUGGUAGUAACAUAACAGCAUAAACAUACUGUUUUAUAACUCCUGAAACGUAUCAGGAGCUGCAGUUUUGUGUUGUGUUGUCAUUCGCGGCAUUGUAUGUUAGUAUAUAUAUAUAUGCGCAUUUCGGUUGCCACUUCCCUAUACUAUGUUUCUUUUAUGCAAACACAUUAGUCAAAUUAAUUCUGGAAGAUGAAAGAUGA